UUUCGAAGUGCUGGAUGAUGGACGGACCUGGGCGGUUUUGCUGAAUUGUCACUUGCGCCAAAGUGUCGGCAAAAGUACAAAACAAAGCGUUGGCUUUGGUGCGUUUCGAUUUGUGGAAUUGAUUUUCUUUAAUUAAAAUGCUUUUCUAUUCCUUUUUCAAAUCCCUGGUAGGGAAGGACGUGGUUGUCGAAUUGAAAAAUGAUCUUAGCAUUUGCGGGACGUUACAUUCGGUGGAUCAGUACCUGAACAUAAAGCUCACAGAUAUCAGCGUGACCGAUCCGGAAAAGUAUCCCCACAUGCUGUCGGUAAAGAAUUGUUUUAUCCGAGGCUCGGUGGUAAGGUAUGUGCAGCUACCUGGCGACGAAGUGGACACACAACUGCUACAGGAUGCCGCCCGAAAAGAAGCUGUAACAAGCGUACGAUAAGUAAAACGAGUAUGUGUGUGUGUAUAAACAUUA